AUGACUGUCGAGGACGAGCCGCCAGCCUUCCACCUAACGGAAACAGACCGCGCGGUCCUCGCCCAAACAGACGAGGAGUUUAUCUAUCACGACUGGAAGGAUCUCCAAGAUAUCAUCGCACGAGGCGAUCUCGGCAUUCUCAAGCGGAAACCAUCCGAUCUCAUCCGAUACCUCCAAUGGACGAAGGAAACCAAGGCCCAGUAUGGCACGAUCACCAACUACAUCUGCCUGCGCCGUCUAAAGUGGGAAUUGCCGAGGGAACCUGAAACGGGCGGGCCACCACCACCGCCAACCUUCAACAACCCAAUCCCCUUUGCCGACCCCGCAGACUACAAGAUCCUCCGCAACGACUGGCCCUACGGGCUGGUAAAGGGGAUCUCGCACCUGGUUGUGUGGUCUCGUACCCCUAUCCCUGUUCAAGAUGAGGAAGGGGUGAUCACGGAGGAGAGCCGUGCGCUGAUCGAGGAUUUCGUGCAGAGGACCUUUGUGGCGAGGCUCGCGCAGGAGAAGGAUCUCUUCCCUGAUCCCAAGUCCCAUGUUUUGUGGUUCAAGAAUUACACCGCCCUUCAGAGUGUGAGGAGUUUAGAGCAUGUACAUGUUCUCCUCAGGGAGGUUCCAGAUCGCCUUUUGCAUGAGUGGACCAAUGAGUGA